UGCAUGCGCCCGGCCCGCCACAGGAGUCACUAGAGAGUGAUGGGACAAGGACAUCCCGGCCGGCCAAACCCUUCCCUGUCCCGCGCGACGCUGUGCCAAUUAUGCGCCUCUUCACGGGUCUCCCGGUCACAGCUGGAUCGAACCCGGGUCUGUAGUGAUGUCUCAAGCACGGCGAUGCAGGGCAUUAGACCGCUACGCCACUCGGGAGGUCUCUCAUGUGGACUUGAAGUGGACUGGACCUGAUAUCAUAAGGCACAGAAGCUACGUAUAAUUGUCAUAUUUAUUGUGGUAGGCUGCUCCUGUUACUGAAGUGACACUGAUCUGAAAAAUCUCAGGUGUUUCUGUAGAGUUUAUUCUAUAGAUCUAGCCUAACCUGUGUUGUGGACUGAUGUUCUGCUGGUCAUAACUAGGCUACGUGUCAACAAGACAUUGGAUGGAGAGUCUCUGUAUCAAAUGCUGCUGUUCUGUUUAGACUCUCUUCUCCUAAAUGUAGAGAGAUGUUUGAAUUGGGUUUUACUGUCAUUAGGAUAUUAACACGUUAUAUCAUAUACCCAAUCUUUUGUUUACACCAUGAAGACGGUGUAGUAUUAGGCUAAAUGCAGAAUAAUAUAGUCUUACUUGCAGAAUAAUAAUGAACAAAAUAUUUUGGCCCGCAGCAGAAUAGAGCAGUAGUCCCACCCACAUUAGCCUAAGUGCUCUUUUGCCCUUGUGCAAGGUUUUCUUGGUAAUCCUGGCACAUGAGACAUGUUCAGGCAGCAAUAACAAAGGGUACUGAUUUAUGUGGCCAGUUAAUUUCAUGGACCCUUCUUGAUGUUUUAAUGAAUGUAGCUUUAGUAAAUAGUUGAGUUAAUUACAUAGCCAAUUUCUUUUACUUAUUAUGACUAAUUAGGAUGGUUUGGGUUGUCACCCUCAAAGAUGUAGGCUAUGCUUAAACCCUACCAUAUUAAGUUUAUACAGGCAUGAGCCGAGGAUUCAUCAGAAAAUAUAUAUAUGCUGUUUGCUAUGUUGUAUCUGAUAUGAUAUGUUGUGCUGGGUUUGCACUAAUUAAGCAAUUUUGGCUACUUGCACUGUCACGGACCCAAUUAUAAACUGGGUGGUUUGAGCUCUGAAUGCUGAUUGGCUUAAAGCCGUGGUAUAUCAGACCAUAUAACACGUGUGUGAUAUGACAAAACAUCUUUACUGUUCUAAUUACGUUGGUAACCAGUUUAUAUUAGCAAUAAAGCACCUUGGGGCUUUGUGGUAUAUAGCCAAUAUACCACAGCUAAGGCCUGUAUCCAGGCACUCCGCGUUGCGUCUUGUUUAGAGCAGCACUUAGCAAUGGUAUAUUGACCAUAUACCACACCCCCUCGUGCCUUAUUGCUUAAAUAGAACGUAAAUGCCAUCUAGAAUGUAAAGAGAUCCCUUGCUAGCAGGCAGACUCGGGGCAUGUGGUUACCAUGACGAUGAAAAUAAUCAAACAGCUCUGUCAGAGAUCGCUAGCUACCUUGUCAAAACAGCAAUCAUUACAUUAGUUUAUUUUCAGUAAUCUGCAUUUAUGCCCAUUGCAAGCAUAGUAUUUUUCAGAAAAAAAGCACCACUUCUCUUAUGGAUUUGUUGGACAACUGUUUAUGCUAGCUGUCAAACGAGACUGGCAAAGAGUGUCUGUCUGAGUGACAGGACCAAGCUGUCUGCAGAAAAGAUGGAGGACUCUGUGAAGGCGGAGAGUGUCGCCGAUGGAGGAGGCCUGGUGAAUGCAGAGAGAGAGCCAGAAGACACUCUCAGCCCCACAGACCUUUCUGAACUGCUGGCUGCCGGGACCAAAGAGGUUCACGAGAAGGCGGAGAACACCCAGUUUGUCAAGGACUUCCUCAGGGGGCGCAUCCGCAAGGAGCUCUUCAAGCUGGGUGAUGUGGCCCUCUACUACACCUACGAGGCCAUGGAGGAGGAGAUUGAGAGGAACAAGGAUCAUCCUGACUUCUCCCCGCUCUACUUCCCAGAGCUGAAUAGACGUGACGCUCUGUCCCGCGACCUGGACUACUUCUAUGGUGAGGACUGGCGGGAGCGGGUCAGCUGCUCGCCAGCCACGCAACGCUACGUGGAACGCAUCCACCAGGUGGGUCAGGAAGAGCCGGUCUUGCUGGUGGCCCAUGCCUACACCCGUUACAUGGGUGACCUGUCCGGGGGUCAGGUGCUGAAGAAGGUGGCCCAGCGGGCGCUGAAGUUGCCAUCGACGGGCGAGGGCGUCUACUUCUACCAGUUUGACGGCAUCCACAGCGCCAAGGCCUUCAAGCAGCUGUACCGGAGCCGGAUGAAUGAGCUGGAGCUGGACAUGGCCACCAAGGACAGGCUGGUGGCGGAGGCCGUGCUGGCCUUUCAGUUCAACAUGGAGGUAUUUGAUGAGCUAGAGGAGAUGGGUAAGGAUAUCCAGGAGGAGGUCAUGGACGCGGGCAUGCCCGUUCACGGGGCCCAUGGGACCGGAGGAGACAUCAACAAAUGUCCCUACUACGCCGCACAAAUGGCGGCCAGUGGGGGCUCGGCGUAUGUCGGUCAGCUGGCCAUGGCCGUCCUCAGACACCCCACAGGCCAGGUCCUAUUCGCCGCCUGGGUCGCCGCCCUCGCCGGAUUGGCUGCGUGGUACUUCAUGUGAUCCGACCCACAGCCAAUUGUUGGCUGUUCUGCAGGAAAGAAGGAGGAAAAACAGGGAGGGAAGACGAGAAGAAUUGUUUUCUGAACGUUUGGAUGAGAACCCAUCUGUACCCAGACCUUGUAACCUUCCCUCCUCCUCUCCUCUAAUUUUCUCUCUCUACUACCUCCCUCUCACUCUCCAUCCUGUAUCUUCUCAGUAUGGUUGGUCAUAUUUGUAGCUCUUAGUACCAGUUUAGAGCCAUUUUUUAAAUUCAAACCUGUUAUAGCAUUUAUUUCUUCUUGAGUUGACAUGAGAUGACAAUUGAUCUUACUUGUUUAGAUUAUAGUGUGAUUUGUCAGGUUGAAGUCUCUUAAUAAUUCCAAACAAUUGUAUUAUGGAGUGAUGCAGUAGAGUUGGAGGGAAAAAACAGCUAUCCUGCUAUGACAAAAAAGCCUUUGUGGAUUUUGACACUUUUAGGUUGCCAUGGUGAUUUGAAGGACUAUAUUCUGGUGUCCUCACAAUCAGUCCAUCAAACCAAAAUGUAAUCUUGAAAAUAUUAGAGCAGUGAGCCUUUGCUUGAAGUGGACUGAAUUAGUUGCCGGUACUUUUUUAUUUAGGUGGUGGAACUGAACAAGUAGAACAUUUGAGGUGCUGGCACUCCGUAGCGGUGAGCACCAGCACAACUCAAACACUGCUGAGCCAGAAACAGUCAAAGUAACACGUUCUAUGCAUAUGUUAAUAUGCAGAUCUGGCAAAGUGUAGGAGUAUUUCUGUAGGGCAGACUACUAUCUCUUUGCGUGAGUAGGUUGAGCGACAUCUUUUAAAGUUUGUAUUAAUGGUUAUGGGGUGAUACUCUCUUGGGAGUAGUCCCAAGAUUUGGUUACGGACAGCACAGGCUAACUGACAAUAAGAGCACACUGUUUUAGAAAGGUCUAGACUUUAAAAUGUUGCCAACGGUUGUCACACAUCACAAUGUAUUAUUUUUCUCUUCUCUUCAAAUGAACGCAGGCAGAAAUGUCCAACCUCCUGUGAAAAGCACACAGACAGUGAGUGAGUGGUAGGAUGGACACUUUUUAGUUCUUGUUUUAGGAUGGACGAGCAAUAUUAUUAUUAUUAAUCAUUUCUGAAGUGUAUUUCUUUGUUUUAUGCUAUGUUGGACUUAGUUAUCUAGUGCUGUCCAGUUCCUUGUCCUUUGCUUGGCACUCAGGCAGUCUAGAGAGGAGCAGAGUGUCUGAAAACGGACACAUCCGUCCUGGAAACGUGUAUAAAGUUGAUUUUCAGUAUUGUUCUAGGUCUAUGAACACCAGGUAGAGGCAGCGAAUACAGCAGCUAGUGUAAUGGUCUGGGAGAUAGGGCAGGACAGGUGAGAUCGGGUUAGAUUGGUGAAGACAAGGCACCUCAUCAGUCUGAAUGGAUAACAUUUAAGACUUGAAAGCUAUGCACCAACCUGAUGAGGUUGAGCCAUUGUUGUUUGGUUGUGGAGAACAAUUGUGCAGGUGACCAUAGGUUUGUAUCUGAGCGAAUAUAAGGGCAAUACAGUACAGUAUUUAGCAGAUCCUUUUCAGGAUUCACACUGACAUCAACAUUACAUUCCUUGAUUUGUUUGUAGUUUAAACAUUGAAGACAGCAGUUUGCGUUGUAUUCUAUGCUUUCGCUUGAAGGUGGAGAAGUUGUAAAAGGCCAGAAUGCUGAAUACCAAAGGUCAAGUUUCUGACAUGACAUCUCGGUUCAUUAUAAACAGGUUCUAUGCUGUGUGUUCAGGUCUGUGGUUCUCUCCUAUCCAUCUCUGGUGUAUUUGGUAGUCAUUGAAUUCUUUGCCGGUGUUAGAUGACGUAUUAUGUGUUCAGUAGCCCUCCCUCCAUCUGAGGUAUUAACAAUGCAGAAUGAAACCGGGAUUAUCUUGAUUAGUCCAAUAAGAAAUGUUUGACUUCCGUGGUAAAACAUUUUGCCCUAAUGAACAUGACCCAGGUGUAGUUAUGGCUGUCCAGACCAGUCCAGAGCCUCAUUAGUCAUGUACGUGUUGGGUCUCAGGUUCAUGUUAAUGAAAUUAUAUACUUAAGAAUCAUUGCAAGAUGUGUCAUAAUUUUAGUUCAAUGUAAAUGCAAUUUUAGUAUUUGUUUUCAGGGGAUGGAACUGUUGCAGUAUUUAGAACAUUUUGAAGGAGUUCUGGAAUGACCAGACUUGGGUUGUGUUCAUUAGGCACUAAACAGAAGAAGACUGAAACAGGGAGGGACUAACUGGACUUGUCCAAUUAAACUCUUCUGAAACGUGGGCCCUAAUGAACACGACCCAUAAUCUCAGGUGUUGAGGUGUGAGUGUUGUUGGCGAUGGACUAAUGGAACCCUAGUGAUCUCAGUGAGUGCUUGACAGACACACGUUGCGUGACUCUUUCUUGCCUUGUCGACUGUAAUAGAAAGCAAACAGUAACCGUAUUAUCAAACCCAUUAGUCUUGUACAGUAAGUACACUGCAAUCUAACUCCAGCUUUAUCAGUGACUGACGAUUUACUACAAAUGUCACUGGUCUCAUUUUGUGAAAGAAGAAAAUCACAGGAAUAUUGUAGUAAAAUAAAUGGUUGAAUUUCCUGUA